AUGGCCACCGCCGCCGCCGCCGCCGCCGCCGCCGCCAAAUCAUCCGCCAUUCUUCGGCGCUCCCUCUUAUACGUCCCCGCCUCGUCCCAAAAGAUGCUCACCAAGUCUCUCGGCCUCACCUCUGACAACAUCACCUACGACCUGGAAGACUCCGUCACCCCCUCAGCCAAGCCCUCGGCCCGGACACACCUUGCUGCCCACCUCUCCUCGCUCCCCCGCCGACCCUCCACCGUUUCCGAGCUCGCCGUGCGCAUCAACGCCGUGUCCACGCCCUUUGCCCUCGACGACCUCACCACCCUCGCGCCCUCUCCGCUCGUCGACGCCGUCGUCGUGCCCAAGGUCGAAUCCGCCGCCGACCUCUCCUUUGUCACCGACGUCCUACGCCACUCCGCCAGGGCCAUUGUCGACCUGCCCAGCAUCUGCCGCGCCUCGCCGUACCUCUCUGGCCUCAUCUUUGCCGCCGAGGAUUUCGCGCUCGAUCUCUCCAUUACGCGCACGCCGUCGCUGUCCGAGUUUCUCUACGCGCGCUCCGCCAUUGUCACCGCCGCCAAGGCCUUUGGCCUGCCCAGCGCCAUUGAUCUCGUGUGCACGUCGUUUCGCGGCGAUCAGGGCUUGCGCACGCUCGAGGACGAGUGCGCCGGCGGCAAGGCCAUGGGCUUCAACGGGAAGCAGUGCAUUCACCCUUCGCAGGUCGAUACGGUGCAGCGGCUGUUUGCGCCGACGCCGGAAGAGGUGGAAUGGGCCGUGCGGCUCGUCGUUGCUGAUGAAAAGGCGGCGGCUGCUGGACGCGGUGCUUGGACAAUGGACGGCAAGAUGAUUGACGCUCCCGUAUCUGCCAAGGCUCGGUCCAUUGUGGCAAAGGCAGAACAGUGCGGCAUGGAUGUCGACAGUCUACGAACGACAUGGAAAGAUCAAGAACCAGAAUAA